AUGUCGCCAGGAGGAGGACCCCCUCCACCAAUCGAUGAGACCAAGGCCAACUGGCUCAUGGCCUACAUAUUUGUCGGUAUAAUUAUUCCGAUCUCCUACUUGGUCACAAUAGCCAUUAUUGUCAUUUUUGAUCGCCGCGAGAAAUCAAACCCGCGCUCCGAUGCCACCCGCCGCGCCCUCGAGGCCGACGGCGUAUACGGCAGCAUGGGGAUCCCCUGGCGUGACGCCGUCCGUACCACCGAGCCCGACACUGCCAAUCCCCGAGUCGUCGACGGACCCCAGACAGACGAUGAGAAGGACAUCCUUCGCCAGCUUGAACUGCAGCGCGAGACCCAGGGCUGGGUGCCGCGACCUCUUGGUGUGGACCAGACCCACGAGGCAGACGACGGUCGGCCCAUCGAUUUCCAAAGCCCGCGGCACAAUGACGAUCCUUACCUCUCCCAUCUUAAGGAGACGGGCUUCGGUCGGGAGAGUAUGGACGGGCCGUACAGGCGGCGCGACAGCCUUUACUCGAUAGACGUCGAGAAGGGCGCCGGCCCCGGCCGCAUGGCCCCCUCCCCCGUGAACCCCUAUUCUGACAUCAACCCAUACUCGUCUUCUAACCACGGCAGCAUCCAUCGCUCCGCUUCUAGCAGCACGAAUAACAGCUACAGGCACAGCUUCGACGUCCGCCGAAACCCCUUCUCCGACGACAACUCUGUCGUCGACCUGACGGGUAAUGGCGGCGGUUCGCUCAGGCAGCAGCGCCAGCGCAGAGAUAACCCUUACGGUGACGAGCAGCAUUCCCGCCGGAACCCUUUUAGCGACGACCACGCGGGAUCGAGGCGUCCCAUGUCACUGUACGAUGAGCCGCUCAGAAGGCCCGAUCCGUCACACCUUGUUUAA